GCUGGUGCGCUGCCCUCGCCUCCCCCAUUGUUCCUACUGUCUUUUUGCCUUUUGUUAUUUGCACUCGCAUUGUGUUGUUUGUCUCUGAAGCCGCCUCAUGACCAGCCAAGGGAUUUCACCUCGUCCUUGAGAGCUACACGGGGAGCGCGAGCGAGCGAGCGAGCGAGCGAGCCGGGGGGAGAGGGACACGCGCGCGCGCGCACACACAGACACACACAGACACACACACACACCACACACACACACACACACACGCGCGCACGCACACACAGGAGUGUAAAAGGAGAGCCACCCAAACCCAUCUCCAUCUCCUCCCGAGGGCCCCCAGCCCGCCACUGUGCCACUUUGCAUCCCACGCCAGAGGACACCUUAGGAGAGCGGGUAAGGCACUUUAAUCAGUCUGUGGAGUAGACACAUUCCAAGCGGAUCCUUAGAACUCUUGGACAAGCCUCCCCGCAUGUGGCAGGUGCUGUGCUGGCUACCAGUGACCCAGAGAUGAUGGUAGAUAUGUUCCUGCCCACAAGGAGCUAGCACACCAGUGGGCACUCCUCUUGCUGAUGACACGCAUCCUGUUGGCAUCUGCUUACAAGAUUUUGAAAGCUGAACAGAGAAUUUUGGCACUGCCCUGGGUUGGAAAAAGCAUUGCAAGAAACAGAUAAUAUUAAGGACAUCAAGAGUGGGAGAGAUUGGACUGGAAGACUCAGCAGGAUGUCUUCCAAGCGACCAGCCUCUCCGUAUGGGGAAGCAGAUGGAGAGGUAGCCAUGGUGACAAGCAGACAGAAAGUGGAGGAAGAGGAGAGUGACGGCCUCCCAGCCUUUCACCUUCCCUUGCAUGUGAGUUUUCCCAACAAGCCUCACUCAGAGGAAUUUCAGCCAGUUUCUCUGCUGACGCAAGAGGCUUGUGGCCAUAGGACUCCCACUUCUCAGCACAGUACAAUGGAAGUUGAUGGCAAUAAAGUUAUGUCUUCAUUUGCCCCACACAACUCAUCUACCUCACCUCAGAAGGCAGACGAAGGUGGGCGGCAGAGUGGCGAGUCCUUGUCUAGUACAGCCCUGGGAACACCUGAACGGCGCAAAGGCAGCUUAGCUGAUGUGGUUGACACCUUGAAGCAGAGGAAGAUGGAAGAGCUCAUCAAGAACGAGCCGGAAGAAACCCCCAGUAUUGAAAAGCUACUCUCAAAGGACUGGAAAGACAAGCUUCUUGCAAUGGGAUCAGGGAACUUUGGUGAAAUAAAAGGGACUCCUGAAAGCCUAGCUGAGAAGGAGAGGCAGCUCAUGGGUAUGAUCAAUCAGCUGACCAGUCUUCGGGAGCAGCUGCUGGCUGCCCAUGAUGAGCAGAAGAAGCUGGCUGCAUCUCAGAUUGAGAAACAGCGCCAGCAAAUGGAGCUGGCCAAGCAGCAGCAAGAACAGAUUGCAAGACAACAGCAGCAGCUUCUGCAGCAACAACACAAGAUAAAUUUGCUUCAACAACAAAUCCAGCAGGUUCAAGGUCAAUUGCCGCCAUUAAUGAUUCCCGUGUUUCCUCCUGACCAACGGACGUUGGCUGCAGCUGCCCAGCAAGGAUUCCUCCUUCCUCCAGGCUUCAGCUAUAAGGCUGGAUGUAGUGACCCUUACCCUGUUCAGCUGAUCCCAACUACCAUGGCAGCUGCUGCCGCAGCAACACCGGGCUUAGGCCCUCUCCAACUGCAGCAGUUAUAUGCUGCCCAGCUAGCUGCAAUGCAGGUUUCUCCAGGAGGAAAGCUCCCAGGCAUACCCCAAGGCAACCUUGGUGCUGCUGUAUCUCCUACCAGCAUUCACACAGACAAGAGCACAAACAGCCCACCACCCAAAAGCAAGGAUGAAGUGGCACAGCCACUGAACCUAUCAGCUAAACCCAAGACCUCUGAUGGCAAAUCACCCACAUCACCCACCUCUCCCCAUAUGCCAGCUCUGAGAAUAAACAGUGGGGCAGGCCCCCUCAAAGCCUCUGUCCCUGCAGCAUUAGCUAGUCCUUCAGCCAGAGUUAGCACAAUAGGUUAUUUAAAUGACCACGAUGCUGUCACCAAGGCCAUCCAAGAAGCCCGGCAGAUGAAGGAGCAGCUUCGGCGGGAGCAGCAGGUGCUGGAUGGGAAGGUGGCUGUUGUGAACAGUCUAGGUCUCAAUAACUGCAGGACAGAAAAGGAAAAAACAACACUGGAGAGUCUGACUCAGCAACUGGCAGUUAAACAGAAUGAAGAAGGAAAAUUUAGCCACGCCAUGAUGGACUUUAACAUGAGUGGAGAUUCUGAUGGAAGUGCUGGAGUCUCAGAAUCAAGAAUUUAUAGAGAAUCCAGGGGGCGCGGUAGCAAUGAACCUCACAUAAAGCGUCCUAUGAAUGCCUUCAUGGUGUGGGCUAAAGACGAACGAAGGAAGAUCCUCCAGGCCUUUCCUGACAUGCACAACUCCAACAUCAGCAAGAUACUGGGAUCGCGCUGGAAAGCUAUGACCAACCUAGAGAAACAGCCAUAUUACGAGGAACAAGCCCGCCUCAGCAAGCAGCACUUGGAGAAGUACCCCGACUACAAAUACAAGCCCAGGCCAAAACGCACCUGCCUCGUGGACGGCAAGAAGCUGCGCAUCGGGGAGUAUAAGGCCAUCAUGCGCAACAGGCGGCAGGAGAUGCGGCAGUACUUCAACGUGGGGCAACAAGCACAGAUCCCCAUCGCCACGGCAGGAGUUGUGUACCCGGGAGCCAUCGCCAUGGCGGGAAUGCCCUCCCCUCACCUGCCCUCCGAGCACUCGAGUGUGUCCAGCAGCCCCGAACCCGGGAUGCCUGUCAUCCAGAGCACUUACGGCGUGAAAGGAGAGGAGCCACACAUCAAAGAGGAGAUACAGUCUGAGGACAUCAACGGAGAAAUAUAUGAUGAGUACGAUGAGGAAGAGGAUGAUCCAGAUGUAGAUUAUGGGAGUGACAGUGAAAACCAUAUUGCAGGACAAGCCAACUGAUAAGGGGCAAGAUGUUGUUGUGACCUUAGGACUUCAAGAAGCCCUAGCUGGUUCAUCCUUACCAGUGGCCAAGCACAUUAACUUUCUCAUACACUGACUGUUACUUUAACUGUUAGUCUUAAAUAGUUGGGACAUCAGCUGACUAAUAGACCUCAGCCUCAAAAGGCUUGAAAGGAAAAAAAAAAAAUACAACAAUCAAACAACAAUAUCAACAACAAGGAGAAUGAAAUAAGCUAUGGGUAAAAUAAUGCCAGUAAUUCAGCUGCUACAUCCAAGCACUGAAGUCUUACCCGUCAACUUUUUUUUUUUUAAUAAACUUUAUGGCUGUUUGUUCUACAAUGUUCUAGAAAUUCUCACUCAGGUACACAGUGCCAACAAGUGGCUUGUGAAUGUGUUUUGUUGUUUUGUGCUACAAUUUUUAAAAAGAAUAAGUUUUGUUUUGUU